AUGCAAAAUAGAUACGUCCAGGCUCUGCACCAGCGAAUCAAAGAACUGGAAGACCUCUGUUUGAAGGCUGGAGCCCAUGUUUCAAGUUCCUCAACUCCACAACGCCGGCUACACGGUGAUUCCACUAGGCAAGAAGAAAUGACACCACAGGGGCCCAGCGUCUCCCCCAGCUCUCGUCGUUCACGUCUGGAACCUACGGAACAGAAUCCGACCCCUCCAAGCUCCACGACCAGACUAGCCCCGGGGCAUAUACUACCACGUACCCAAAGUGGAUGCGAGGAUAGACACACUGGCUCAGUUGAAGAAAAUACUGCCGAUGUCUAUGAAUCGCCAUUGUUUGAUGAGGGUCAAGACCACAUUACAGGUAUGGGCCAGGUGAUCUUGUCAGGGGCGGGGAGGGAAGACCGAAGGAGAUCAACCCGAUUUCAGUUCUAUGGUACUUCAUCCACGGCCUCCCUCAUGCGCUUUGCCUAUCAAAGGAUGCCGUCAAGGCUGGCGGGUGGUUCGCAUGCCGAGGCCGCAUACAACAGGCUUCAGGACACAUCCACCACGUACGGAAUGGAUGAUUUUUCAUUACCACCGCGAGCAUUUGCAGAUCACCUCGUGAAACUUUUUUUCGAGAAAAUAUUCAUUCUCUAUCCAUUGUUCCACCGUCCAGCCUUUGAAGCGGCCUAUCAAAAUCUUUGGCGUGGAGAAGACGAACCCAAUGUUCCCGCACCCACGGAUUUGCAGAUUGGAAUUGGAUCAAGGACAGAAUCGGAGCCCACAUCGAUUGUCUUCCAGUGUGCCUUGAAUUUGAUCUUUGCACUAGGUUGUCAGUUUGCAGAUAUUGCACCAGAGGAAGCCGAGUCUGUCGCCAAUUCGUUUUUCCUUCGGGCGAAGCAUUUCAUCGGGCUCGAUUUCUUGGACAUCAACACGCUUGGCGUGGUUCAGACUUUACUUAUUACGGCACUUUAUCUGCAAAGCUCUCCAUAUCCCAGCCGUUGCUGGCACUCUGUCGGGAAUGCCUGCAGAGUUGCUUUCGGUUUAGGACUGCACAAAUCAGAUAUUCUUGCUACGUUAACACCCCUAGAGUCUGAAAUUCGUAGACGGACUUGGCAUGGAUGUGUAAUAAUGGACAUGACUUUGAGCAUGACAUACGGCAGACCAAGCAUGACCUCGCAUCUCGCCCGUGUCCCCCCACCGGAUGGUUUAGAAAUACCCGGGCGUCAAGGUGGGACCAGGGAACCUUCCUUGAUGGCAUUUUAUAUUGAAGCGAUCAAGCUUUAUGAUAUUCUGGACAUGAUUCUAGGUGAUGUCUACAAUGCCUGGCGUGGCCGGAUACGCCAAGAUCCACUUCCAUCCUCAACCAUGAGCCUUGGGAGCCUUGGCAUUGUUCUCAGAAUUGAAAGAGAGCUGGUAUUGUUCAAGACCAAUGUUCCUUCCUUUUUAAAGUGGACCACUGGAUUACAUUCCACCCCUUCCUUUCCAGACUCAAAUAUGGCGAUUGCUCGGCAAAGAAAUGUUCUACAUGCUAGAUACAUACACCUUCAGCUCCUCCUCUACCGUCCUAUUUUUACUCAAAUAUAUUCCAAGCGAGACUCAUCAUCUGGACCAGAGCUACAGAAUGACUCGUCAUCUCAGAGCAUAGAGAUGCAAAGCACUCUGUAUUCUUCCAUGUUUAGUAAAUGCGCUGAGGCAUGUGUGACAGCUGCCAUUGAUCUCACACUCCUAGUCCGAGAGACUCAUCAAACCAACUGUUCCGAUGCAUGGUGGUACAAUGGGUUUUACGUCUCAACCGCAGCAAUAGUUCUCCUCAUGUCUAUAUCUGCCCCACCCAUCAUGGAUCAGUCACUUUUGGACAAAGCACGAGAUGCUUGGAAAGAGGCAACAAGUGUUCUGGAAUCCAUGUCAUCAUUUUGCCGCUCUGCAACCAACACUCUUCAAUUUCUACAGGCUGCUUAUGUUCGAGCAGUCCCUACUGGUCAACAUCAGACCGUCGUAGAAUCCGAUGCCUCACAGAUGCUCCAACCUGAUGAUCAAUAUGAUCACCUAGUCAACGACUUGACCCAGUUCCCAGUAUUCGACUGGGAGGAAUUUGCGGAGAACAUGGCACCUGAAUUGGAUGAUUUGGGAUUUUUGACGGGUUUCAAUUUCCAUGAUAGUUUUGCAUGA